AUGACUGUGAGACAUCCAUUUGGAAAUGGCCAAAAGUCAAAACUGUGUUUGCUUGUGAGAUUUGGUGUCAUCAGUGUUAAGAAAGAUGAAGCAGAACGUGGGCUCCUUACUAAUGGAGAAGAUUUACUGGAGCUCCAAAAAUGGAACUACUGGAAUGCUGCCUCAUUCUUUACACCAUCAUCCUACCUUUACUUCUCCACUUUCCAAGGAGAAACAAGUGCUGACAUCUCUUUCUACUUCAAAACUUCAGCAGCUGAUGGAGUGUUUCUGGAGAAUCUGGGGAAUACAGAUUUCAUCAAACUUGAGCUGAAAUCUGCCACCGAAGUGUCCUUCUCCUUCGAUGUUGGAAAUGGGCCAGUGGAGAUUGUCGUCAGGUCUCCCUCUCCACUCAACGAUGACCAGUGGCACCGGGUCAUUGCUGAGAGAAACGUCAAGCAGGCAAGUCUACAGGUGGACCAGUUGCCACAGCAGGUGCGGAAGGCACCUACAGAAGGUCACACACGCCUAGAGCUUUACAGCCAGCUGUAUGUAGGUGCUGCAGGAGGCCAGAGGGGAUUUCUAGGUUGCAUUCGCUCCCUUAGGAUGAAUGGGGUAACUCUUGAUUUGGAAGAAAGAGCAAAGGUCACUCUAGGAGUGAAACCUGGGUGCUCAGGCCAUUGCACCAGCUAUGGAAUGUACUGUGAGAAUGGAGGCAAGUGUGUGGAGAAGUACAAUGGUUAUUCCUGUGAUUGCUCCAAGACCGCCUACGAUGGACCGUUUUGCAUAAAAGCUCUUUGA